AAGGAUAGAUAUGUAUCUGUAAUCUGUAAGAACUUUAAUGUGACAUCUGACUGAUUCCUGACAACUUAAGCUCAAACCUGCACAAUCUUCCUUGCUUCCAGCAGUUUAGGUGAGAUUACAAAUCCAUGGCAAAAGCUGCGAAAUGAAUGACAAGCAAUUAGCGUCAGAUGUGAUGAUGAUGAUGAUGAUGAGCAUACAGUAAUAAGGCCAUGAGGUCAGAGAAAGUUUUUCAGCUGGAUAUUUAGGGUUAAGUCUGAGAUUUAGGGUACAGAUUUAGGCAGUGAGGUAGCUAGGCUAUAUGAAAAUUUGACAUGAUGAGGAGGAAGAAGAACAUCUGAUGUUUGACGAGUUUCCUUAAUCAAGGCAAUACAAGGCAGUGGGGACAAAAUAAAACAGUGGUGAAAAUAAAGGACGCGGCUCUCGAAUGUUCUCGUUAUUAUUGUAGUAUAUGAAUAUUCAGGAGUAUAAGGAAUAUUUUUCUUUAUACCCUACACCAAUUUUCGGCUUUGUCUUUCCUGCUGAAUAAUCUAACGGGACUCGAGGUUCGGGCUAAAUUAACGGCACGUGAUAUAUUGGGCUACUUUUUUUCUUUCUUUCUUUCUUUCAUUUCUUUUUUGUUUGUUUGUUUUAAAAUAAGAUGUGAUGGAUAGCGUAGAGAUCCGGUCCUCAAAGACACGCGGCGUGAUCACGGUGAAAGCUCCCGGGCUUCCUCCUUCCGAUUCGGAGGAAACGACAAGGAAGGCGGGGUGCUUAUUGACGCGCGCGCUAUACCUUUCUUUUAAAAACCCUUUCUACAACUAUCCUAGUAAGGGCUCGGAUGUCAGGACAGACGUAGACGGAGACCGAAAAAUGGACCGACGCGCAUUUUUUUUAGGUAUAGAAAUAUAGAAGCUAAACAAUGGCGCUCGGCUCGUGCCGAGACCGUGUGGCAAAAUGGCAGCCGAGGUAGCGCCUUUCAGUCUGAAACAUAUGCUGCAUCAGAAGGGGAGAAGUGAAGCAUGGUGUAGUUCACUGCGCCUUAUUAAUGGUCAUGUGUCAUAAACUGAUGGACCGGUGAAUCCGCACGGCUCUGCACCGACUGGCAAGGUGCCAACUAUAGGCUAAGCGGUCGCCAUGGCAACACCGAGUCUCGGUAACCCGUAGUCUUCCUCAUCCACGUAGAAAUCACGGUGCGCGAGCCUCAUGACGAUGCACCGAACCACGCGGAUAAAGAUCACGGAGCUGAACCCGCAUCUGAUGUGCGUGUUAUGCGGCGGCUACUUUAUCGACGCCACCACCAUCGUUGAGUGUCUUCAUUCGUUCUGUAAAAUGUGCAUCGUGCGGUAUUUAGAGACCAGUAAAUACUGUCCCAUAUGUGACGUGCAAGUUCACAAAACCAAACCACUGCUCAAUAUCAGGUCGGAUAAAACCCUCCAGGACAUCGUGUACAAGCUGGUGCCUGGUCUGUUUAAAAAUGAAAUGAAACGAAGAAGAGAUUUUUAUGCAGCACAUCCAUCUGUUGAUGCUGCUAACGGAUCGAAUGAAGAUCGGGGAGAGGUGGCUGACGAGGACAAGAGAAUCAUUGCUGACGAUGAGAUCAUUAGUCUCUCGAUUGAGUUUUAUGACCAGAACAGACUUGGAAGUGUUGAUGGGGAAGACAAAGAACCUACAAAAGAGACGAAUGUAAAGCGAUAUUUGCAAUGCCCGGCUGCUAUGACAGUGAUGCAUCUCAGAAAAUUUCUCCGAAGUAAAAUGGAUAUUCCGUGUACCUUCCAGAUUGAGGUCAUGUAUGAAGACGAGCCUCUGAAGGAUUAUUACACAUUAAUGGACAUUGCCUAUAUUUACACCUGGAGGCGGAACGGUCCGCUGCCUCUGAAGUACAGGGUUCGUCCCAGUUGUAAGAAGCUGAAGCUGAGCAGCGCACCGAGCUGUGAGACAGCGGGUCGAAAACCUGAAACGGAGAGCGAUUCGGGCAGCGAAAAGCUCAGCAGCCCGGUCCUUCGCACUCCUACACCUUCCACUUCCUCCUCUCUCCCAAGUCAGAGCGCUCCAGUGAAAUCCUCACAGUCAAGCUUCUCUCAUCUCGCACCGGUCAACGGAGUGUCCAACAAAGCCGGACCCAAUGGCCAAGUCUCGUUCAGCGGCAAAGCCAGCAAGGGCUCAGUCAAUGGCUCCAACUCUCUGGGGUGACAAAAGGACUAAAUGGACACGAAAUGCUGUCAAAAGAAGAGCUGCAAACUCGGACGCAGGGUUUGUAGGAACUGAUGUGAGCGAAAGCGAUUCUGUUGGAUUUCGUAAGAAAAGCUACAACUGCUAACUCUGUUCCUUAUGAGUUAACACAUGCAACUUUUUACGACGUUUUGCAAUCGGGAGCUGUUUCCCGAAAGACAGUUUCUUCACCGAACCACCUUUUCCUUUUGUAUUAUGUAUGUUUAAGUAUGUAUGUUUAAGUAUGACUUCCUAUGUUACUGUUAAUUACUAAGCUUUCAUUGGUUGAAUAAAACAUCAUGAAGUAUAUUUUGUGCAUGAAGAACCCAGGACGAACUCCCAGGAAUCUUCUGUUGUGUAAACUCCAAAUCAUUCACGUAGGUUAGGGCACCAGUGUGUAGACGCUGAUUUUCUUUUCUUUUAACAGGAAGCCACGUUAAACAAGUCAUGAACAGCUGGUCAUUCAGACAGUUGAUGGUUAGAAAAGUUAUUAAGGGCUAUUAAGUUCUUAUGUUUUAGUUAAGCGUUACGCUCGGUAUACUUUCGAAAAAGAAACAUGUAUCUGAAAAAAUAGUGAAGGAUCAACUAGAAACUUUUGGAUGUUCUUGUUGAAACGAAUCGAAAUCACAGUUCCUUAGGAACCAUUCAUGCUUCAGAACGUUCCUCAGAUGGUUCUGCUGGUGAGACAACUCGAAGAUUUUUAGGAAUCAUGAUGAAGAACGACCACUGAAGAGUCGCUUCCUUGUGAACAUUAGACAUGACCAGAUUAGAUUUAUUUCUCAUGCCUUAGCAUAUUUGUCUUUUUAGUGUAUUUUAUUUGAUUGUUUUGCCUAAGAGGACAUUUCAGUUCAUGUCUUUUGUGCUCCAGAACUGUCUAGCUUUCUUGACGAUUAUUUUUGGUCGACACUUUCAAGCCUAUGUAUCGUUUUCUGUUAUAAAACCUGUAUCUGAAUAAACAUUUUACGGUUUUAUUA